CGGCGCGGCGGAUAAUGUAGUUUUCCUGUAGGUGGCCUGAAACCCGGGAAUUAGUGACCUCUGACCCCGCGGCAUGGAGGCUGAGCAGAGAGAAGCCAUAAUCGCAGAGCUAAGAGCGAUCCAGAGCAGCACGGACAGUCUGUAAGGUUACAUCCUCCCCCUGAAGUCAGGUCUCUCAGACAACUGGUGGAGUUCACAGAUCCCGAAAAAGGAGAGCUGUCCCAAGCCCAAGACCAGGCAUCUGAUUCUUUGACUGUCUGGAAGAAACUAUUUUCUGCGGCCGGACCACCCUUGCCACCCAGCACUUGAAUAAUGUCUGAAUCAGGAGGAAAAGACAGUCCCUCCAAAGCAUUUAGUGCUUUUGCCCAUGAAUCCCGCAAUGAUCCAGACACCCUCUCACUCAGUGACUCAGACCCUGCUUUGUCAGAUGAAGCAGAGGUGACAUCACUAAGUCCUGGAGAAGAGGAAGAGGACGAUGAAGAAGAACCCGGACAGGAAGGAGAGCAAAAAUCUUCAGCGCUUCCAUUUACCCUAAAGGGAACCAAUGCAAGCUUCUCCCAGCGUAGCUUUGGCAUCUUUGGAGGUCUUCUAGACUUACAGAAGAAUUCACCUCUGACCCAGCAAAAUAGAAAACCUGAGGUGGUAGAUACCUUAGUGGGUGACCUCAAAAGGGAGGAAUCGGAUGUCACAGCUGAGCUAGUCAGUACUGGCAUUGAAGCAGCAGCAAUCAAACCAACCAACAAGGGUUCCACCAGUGCAAAACCAUUGGGUUCCAGUGGACGUCUACCAGAUUAUUUAGCACAUCCAGAGCGCUGGACUAAAUACAGCUUGGAGAACGUCCCCGAUACCAGUGAUCGCACAAACCGCAAUACAGCUCUUAGCUUCCUGAAUGAGCUAAGGCAUCAAAAGGAAGCCAAAGAGGUCCCUAGAGAAACAAGCAAACGCUCAUUCAACCAAGACUCCUCCUGCUCCAACCAAGAGGGAAGAAUUCUGUUUUCCAAGCCCACCAAAAAGGUUCAGCAGAGCAGUGAUAAAGGUGGGCCGCAGCCAGGCCCUCUUGAUAUAUCCGAGAGAUUGUCUGAAGAAGGAACAGACGAGACUGAGGUUCCAGGGGAGCAGACAGAGGCUGAGAACUUAGGGUUCCAUGAAGUUAAAAAACGGGCUAGAAAAAACAUCAGGCCUAAGAAAGUCCAUGAAGAUGAAGGGGACGCUUCAUAGGUUAAAAAUAAUCAUGGGCUGGACUGGGGGUUUUAAGAGAAAACGUCUCCAUCAGGUUAAUUUUUACAUAAUUCAACUAAAUGUGGUAAUGUAAAUGGUCGGUGUAUGUUCUAGUCCCAACCUGGCACCAUCUGCUCAUGGAAGCAAACUCCAGCAAAAGAUACACAGUAAACCGGACUUCAAUAUGGCUUCUCCCAUGAUCUCCACUUUGACGUAUCUCCAGAACCUCCUGAGACAUCUACAUACUUCUGAAGAAAGCCAGCAGCUAUUAUAGUCUUCCCUAGUAAAUUGGGGAUAGUUUUUAGAUUCCGUGGAUGUUUUUCACAUAGAUUUAUUGCAGUGUUUUCCUACCUUGUGUAAUGACUUCUGUGUUUGUUCUCGUCCGUGAUAGAAGAAUGCAUUUAUAAGGAUUGCUUCAUGCAUAUUCAAUUACUUGGUGUUUUAGCUAAAGAAUUUACUAGUCCUCAAGAACUCUUUAAAUUCCUCAUAAAGUAUCUCCUUAAAAAGUACCUGAUAGGGUCCCCUGAUAUGGUGCUGAGUUUUACCACCUAGAAAAGAAAGCAGUGGUGGUUUCUCCCUUUGCCACAUGAGGCAGUCACUCGUUCUUGUUGGCUAAUAAUGAAUUUUUCUGAGAGGGGAGACCUUCACUGGCUGUAGCCUCCAAGUGGCCCCUCUUUCUAAGGGCCCCAUAGAAGCCACAUGAUCUGCCUAUAUGGUAUGUACACCCCCUGACAAAGCUGUUACAUAUCCCUCCCACUGGGACAGGUAGCUUUGUAAGCAGCUUUAGUGAUCUAGCUCUUACAUAAUGUUUACUUGAAUUUCUCUGUAGGACAAGACCUCUACAUGGGUCAAGUAGAGAAUUAGUAUGAACAGUACCCAGCACCUGCCUGUCUGGGUAAGCUUAAAGGGGUACUCUGGCCCUAAUACAUCUUUUCCCCUAUCCAAAUACAUCUUGUCCCCUAGCCGUCACACCCCCUCCCAUAGGCUUGCAUUGAGGGGGCGGAGUCGUGACAUCACGAUACUUCGGCCCCGUGGUCGUCACGCUUCACACAGAAUGGGUGCAAAAUGACAGAUUGCGGGGGUCCCCAGUGGCAGGACCCCCACGAUCAUACAUCUUAUCCCCUAUGCUUUGGAUAGGAGAUGAGAUGUAUUAGGGCCGGAGUACCCCUUUGAUAUCCGCACAUAAAAUUUAGAAAUAACCCAUUAGACAGGUUCCCCCGAAAUAGUGUACCUGGUCAUAUGGCUCUGUGUGUAACAAUAGGAUUGAUGUGUUUGCAAAAGAAAAUAUAUCUAUAUAUGUAUAUGUGUAGAGUUGCAACUUGAGGUUCUUCCUUUUGGUAACUUUUGGUGUAUGUUUUACUAAAACUAAGAUUAAAGGGCAACAAUGGCAACAUCUUAA